AAAAAACAACAACAACAACACUCUUUAAUUCUCUCCUCGCUGGAUUAGAAUAAAAAAUCCUCACUGUGCCAUUUUUGUUUUUUUGAUUUCUUUCCUGUUUAAUGAAGAAUGGGUUGCGCAAUAUCAGGUCUGGCCGCAAAAACGGACUUGGGAGAGAGGAAUAAAGGAGAAGAUGCUGCUGCCGAUGGUGCUGAUGCUGCUGCUCUUCAUCCCAGCGAGGAGCAGAUCCUGAUGAUCAAAGAGUCGUGGAAAGUUAUCCGGGACGACAUAGCUAAAGCUGGGAUUAUCAUGUUCGUCAGGUUGUUUGAGACGCACCCCGAGUGCAAGGACGUCUUCUUCCUGUUCCGACAUGUGGAGGACCUGGAGAAGCUGCGGACCAGCCGAGAACUCAGGGCUCACGGUCUACGAGUGAUGUCCUUUAUCGAGAAAAGCGUGGCUCGCCUGGACCAGCUGGAGAGACUGGAGGCUCUAGCUCGGGAGCUGGGAAAAAGCCAUUAUCACUACAAUGCUCCACCCAAAUACUUCAGUUAUGUUGGAGCAGAAUUCAUCUGUGCAGUGCAGCCCAUCCUGAAGGAGAGGUGGACAGCUGAGCUCGAGGAGGCUUGGAAGACCAUGUUCCAGUACGUCACCAGUCUGAUGAAGCAGGGAUACCAAGAGGAGAGCAGCCGGCAGCGGCACCUCACGCUGUCCCCCAAGGACAGACCAGAGAAGAGCAACACGGCGCUAUGAGACGCUCCUUCUGUAACUUCACCACUCAAGACUGUUUCCACCAGAACAGCACAGAAAUGUGUCCCUGUAUAUAAUGUAUUUUAGCGUCUUGUUUUCUACAUUACUCAUGCUUAUGAC